AUGGAUUACUCUCUUCCAUUUGUAGAUCAUGGCCAAGGUUUUAUUGUUGUAGGGUCUUGUAGUAUCAAUGGAAUUCUUGGUAUCGUUAGUCACAAUGAAGGCUUUGCAUUAUGGAAUCCAACUAUUGACGAAUACAAGGUAAUUCCUCCAAGUCCCGCUGAGUCUGUACCUUAUCGAAAUUUCUCAUGGCUUAUUCAUGGAUUUGGUUAUGAUCAUGUUAAGAAUGACUAUAAAGUGCUUCGGCGUAUAUUUUUUUAUCAGCUAAACCGCCAUGAUUGUGAGUGUCUUGGUUUGGAUGAGGAAAAUGUGCCUUGGAAAGAUGUAUCAUAUGAACCUGUGUGGGAGAUAUAUAGUCUAAGAAGUGAUUCUUGGAGGAAAGUAAAUAUUAACAUUCCCAUGACAGUCCCUUAUAUUUUUAUGAUCCCUAACAAUGAUGAUAGAAUUGAUCGAUGUUACACAAAAGGAAUGUGUCAUUCGUUGUAUAAAGUUAGCGAGUACAUUUUCCAAACAUGUUUGAUGUCAUUUGAUGUUUGUAAUGAGGUAGUUUUUACAACACCCAUGCCCUCAUACAUGAAUGAUAAUAUGGAUCCUGAAUGGAACUAUAAACACUUGAUGAUAUUAAUUAAAGGAUUCAUUGCAUUAUCAUCGCAUCACGGGGAGACUAAUACAAUUCAUAUAUCAAUUUUAAAUGAAAUUGGUGUGAAAGAAUCUUGGACUAAAGUUUUUAUUCUAGGACCAUUGGCUUGUGUUGCAUAUCCUUUUGCAGGAGGAAAGAAUGGAGACUUAUUCUUAAGAAAAGAGAAUGGAGAACUUGCAUGCUUUGAUUUGGAUACCCAAAUUAUUAAUGAGCUUGGUGUUGAAGCCUAUAAAUCCCAUAUCAUAGUUUAUAACAAAAGCCUACUUUCGAUUAGAAGCAUACAUGAUUAA